AUGGACUCGACAUCGUCAUCGUCCGGGUCAAGAGGCUGGUCCGGUCCGUCUCGUGGUCACAGGCCGACUGGAGGUGGCGGUGGUGGAGGCCGUGGCGGUCGUGGCGGCCGCGGAGGAGGUAGAGGUAGAGGUAGAGGCGGAGGUUGGGGUGGCCAGCAUAGGGAGGGUAGGCAAGCAGCCACGCCGAACAACUCGAGCAACGAUCCUCAGCUUGCACCUGGCCAGCCCCAUCCAGGCUUCUUCCACGAGUCGUUCGUCGGCAACCCUUGGUACGAUCUCGAAGAGAAGCUCGGCAUUCCACACAUGACCGCCGUCAGCCCGAACCAGAUCCCAGCAUCGCAGCAAGACGAUGCGGUCGAGUCAUCCACCACCAUCGAUGCGCAGGACGAGGCUCGAGCGCAAAGCAGCGUCACAGAUCAAGCGUCAAGCACCGUCGAUGCUCAACCCGCACCAGAGUGA